AUGAAAAAGAUCCAUGUCCAAUCCGAUGCACUUCUUUCUCAAAUGUGUAAAGUGAUAUCAGAAUCAAGAACUCAACAACUUAUGGAUGGUCUAGUUUAUACUGCCAUUAGCCGUGCAGCCAAGAAUGGGAUUUUCGAGUUUGUUUCUAAGAUGCUUGAAAUGGAUCAGCGAUUUUUAUGGACCACAGAUAGAAAUCAAAGGAACAUAUUUAUGCUUGCCGUCUUGCAUCGUCAAGAAAAAAUCUUUAACAUUCUAUACGGGCUGGAUAGGAAGAUCAUGAACUACUCAUUGACAUCUAAAGUAGAUGUCAAUGAAAAUAAUAUAUUACAUAUGGCAGGGAUGAUAGAAGAUUCCACUUGGGUUAAUAAAAUCCCAGGGGCAGCUUUACAAAUGCAAAGAGAGUUACAAUGGUUCAAGGAGGUAGAGGGAAUUGUCCAUCCCAAGGCUAAGGAAAGUACCAACAAUGAUGGUUUAACUCCCCGACAAUUGUUUACAAAGAACCACAAGAACUUGAUGGAAAAGGGAGAGAAAUGGAUGAAGGGUACAGCAACGUCAUGCACUGUGGUGGGUGCUCUGAUUGCUACCAUUAUGUUCGCUGCAGCCUUUACUGUUCCGGGUGGCAACGAUCAAACUACAGGCUUUCCAAUAUUCUUAAAGAAAAAAUUGUUUAUGCUCUUUAUAAUAUGUGAUGCAUUGUCCCUUUUUUCUUCCUCAACUUCAAUGUUGAUGUUUUUGGGAAUCCUCACAUCAACUUAUGCAGAAGAAGAUUUUCUCGAGUAUUUGCCGAGGCAGAUGAUAAUAGGCCUUUUCACUCUCUUUUGCUCUAUUGCAACCAUGAUGAUAGCCUUUUCUACUGCUCUUAUAAUCAUGUUACAUGACCAAUAUUCUUGGAUUUUGAUUCCUAUCAUUUCUUUGGCUUGUGUCUCAGUCACCCCUUUCAUAUUGAUGCAGUUCCCCCUUCUUAAAAAUAUGGUCUUUUCAACCUAUGGACUAGGCAUCUUCGACAGGAAAAAGAAAAGGUUUAUCAUGUACAUAUUGUGA